GCAGAACGUACACACAGUGUGACUUAGUUCAAAUACACUCAUAGGGGUGUGACACGCGCUCAUGGUUAAAAAAAAACAUCUAUGCAGACUUUACAACCUUUUAUUUAUGAGUCUAGAUUUAAGGGUCUUUCUUAAUGGACGCUAUUAGCCCAUGUCAUUGAACAACUCGCCUACACAUCUUCAUCCAACUUAACAGUUGCCGCAGUUCGACUAGCCUCUGUCCAUGUUGUGUAACUGAAACUGAGCUAAUACCUCACGUUUUGCCUCCAAAUGCUCGAAUAAUGAAUAUGUGCAGUUUUAUAUCUUAACUUAAACAGUUUUAAUACUCAAUACGUUGACACCAUUCAUUUAUGGUUUGCCCCGGGCCCGUUUGUUAAGCUAACGGUGAGGUCUGAGGCCCAGGCAGGACAGUGGAGUGCUCUUUGGCUUAAAAUGUCCUUUAACCCUGCGUCAGUGUGACACUUGCCCUCGGUGGUGCAUUUACGCUUCACGCUGUUAUGCAAAAGCCUUUACGUCCAGUCAUGUUUUUGGUUGUUACUAAAUGUACUAUCGAAAAGACGUGGCUUUAAUCAAGAUUCCAUUCAUUCAACGGCCAUAGUCAGUGUGACAAAACCAUGCAGAUAGAACGCUGGAGGUGUGCAGUCAGGUGUAGCUGCUAGUGUUCUGAGGAAAUGGGGAUUCGUUCUGUUUUACCAUACACACUACCCGGAGUAAUUGCACUAAUCGGCUGGUGGUGGUACAUCUCGCGAAAGAAAGAGCGACUCAGCCGCCAGGGUAGCCCAGAGGGGGCGCCAACUGAUGCAACCCUUAUAACAUCUCCAACAGAGGGUAGCAAUGGUUUGGUGGUCCCCCCCAUAAAUGGCACUGAAAGAUCUGCCCAAGGAUCUGUACACGCCACUAACCUGAAGAGAGAGCAUGAAAGUUUUUCCUAUGCUCACAACCAGGACUAUGAAGCAGCAUCUUCAUUAAGACAAUGUUCUGAGGAAGAUGACACACAUCUAGGUCGGAUAAGAGGAGAGGAAGUCCUCAAACCCUCUGAUUUGACUCAGUCAUUACCUGGCAGAGAUGACAUCUUGCAGGUGACAGUAAAUGACCACAGGGAUGCAGAAGAAGGCUCAGUGCACUGUUCGGUUACAGAGCUGGAAGAACAUCAGCUUCGAGAUUUAGCCUCUCGUUCAGAAGGUUCGGUCGAAGUGAUCAUCCAACCCUGCAGGUCUAAUGACGUCACCAGCUCCCCUGACAUAAAAACCUACCUGUCGGAUGCAGAGAGACCCGAGCCUGAGGGAGAGGUCGCAAUGCGAAGCAAAGAGAUAUGUGUUUGCACAGUUACUCCAGCCAAAGUGCAAAGCAUACCCCCCUCAGAGUCUGAUACACAAGAGACACAGCAUUCAUCCAAGGAUUUGUUUGUAACAAGCUCCCCAGACUUGACUUCUGUCACACUGACCUCUGUUCAAGAUUCCCUGUCGUUAUCAGCGAUCCCAGAGGGUAUCAAAAUACAAAGCAGUGGAGAUGAGCAAGAUCUGGAGAUUCUGGUAGCUGGACUUGUAUCUGGGGUCAUCUCGGCAGCCACCCAGGAGGUCCUCAGUGUCACCAGGUGCCAGGUCACAGAUGGCGACCAACAGGGCUUUAUCAGCAGCACGGCUGUGCCUUGCUCUGAACAGGAGCCUGUUAUUGCCCAGAACCAUCACCAUCCACUAACCAGCUCCUCUCCAAUCAACGAGUCAAGAGGGGCAAUAGAAAAAGGGAUCACAAAUGGAUGCUCGUUAACUCCAAUAUCAGAGCCUGUUGAGGUCAGUCACAGGGAUCUUAAGACGGACUCUGUACCGACUGAGUUCCUUAUAUCAUCACAGGAAGCAUCACAGAGUGCGUCUUCACUCAACACGAAACUCAGAGAUGAGGCCGAUGUAAUUGCUGAGGACUCAGCAUGCAGCACAUUUGAGGAAGGCAUCAGCAGCGAGGAGCUGCCCAGCAGCACGUAUGACCAUCAGUUGGAUGUGAUCCAAGUUACGGACUUGUCAGUAAAAGAGGCAGAGAGAGCCAAGUCACUAGUGGAGACUUGCACCAAGGCAAUGGAUUUGACAGAAAUUGAAGAGAACUCAAUGGGUGCUAAACCCAAGAUCAAGCUUAAUGGAGCAGGCCUCGGCUACAAAGCUCAUGGGACAAGUGAGGUGGAAGCGGACCAAUCAGGAGGCUCCGAUGUAAAUAGUAUGGACUCGGUCGACAGCGGCUGCACUAUGGGUAACGGGGACAACCAGAGCAACCACGCUGCCUCUCUGAGCUCCGAGCUCGUCAUCUGGGAGAUUGAGGUUCCAAAGCUCCUGGUCGGCCGGUUGAUUGGGAAGCAGGGGAGGUUUGUGAGCUACAUCAAGCAGAACUCUGGUGCAAAGAUCUACAUCUCCACGCUGCCCUACACACAGGACUUCCAGAUCUGUCACAUAGAGGGUGCUCAGCAGCAGGUGGACAAAGCUUUGUCGCUGAUCAGCAAGAGGUUUAAAGAUCUGGACUUGACAAACCUUUAUGCACCUCCACUCACACUACCAUCACUUCCAAUGACCUCCUGGCUCCUCCUCCCCACUGGAGUGACAAUCGAAGUGACCGUGGUGAAUAUCGUGUCAGCCGGCCACGUCUUUGUCCAGCAGCACACCCACCCUACCUACCACGCCCUGCGGAGCCUUGACCAGCAGAUGUCCCUCUGCUACUCCCAGCCCGGCACCCCCGCCCUACCCUCACCCGCUGAAGUGGGUGUCAUCUGUGCAGCUCCUGCAGGAGAAGGAGCCUGGUGGAGAGCUCAGCUCAUCACCUUCUACAAGGAGACCAAUGAGGUGGAGAUCAGAUAUGUGGACUACGGAGGCUACGACAGAGUAAAGAUCGACUCACUCAGACAAAUAAGGUCUGACUUUGUAACGCUUCCGUUCCAAGGUGCAGAAGUGCUGCUCGACAACAUCGCUCCACUUUCAGGAGAGGAUCGAUUCUCACCAGAGGCGACAUCAGCACUGGAGGAGAUGACCAGACUGCCGCUGCUUGCACAGGUAUCGAACUAUGAUAACAACACGGGCCUCCCACUGGUCCACCUGUGGAACAUGGUCGGAGAAGAGGUGAUUUCUGUAAACCGUACAUUUGCAGAGAGAGGCCUGGUGCUCUGGGUGGAUGGAUUUUGAACUAACACGCUCUGACCUCUGCACCUUCUCCACACACACUUUUUCUGUGGUGGUCAACAGUGUGGAACCCUGACCUGUGCCCCCACCGCACCAAC